AUGUCCAUCUUAGUGGCCCUGCUAGACGCAGCCAAGCACACAUCAUCAACCAUGACUAGUGCGAACAGAGCAGUAUACAUGAUCAAUAUCAUCUCCGCGGUCCAAAGCUCGCUGGGAUUGUACGAGUUUGCCGAUGGCACACUCAAAACUAUGGACGAGAAGAUGUCGGUGUAUGUCUCGGAUAUGGAGCACGCGCAG